AUGGAAGCUCAAGGUCGUGGAGAUAGGGUUUCUCAACGUGAGAAUGUUGGCCAACAGGGAAGGAAUGUAGAGGAUGAAGCAGAGUCUAGGGGUAGUACUGAUCAUGAAUUAGAGUCUGAGGCUAGGGCUCAUGUAGUUAAUCAACCAGUACCUCCUGUACCCCCAGCUGUACCAAUCCUACAGCUAGAUCCUGCUAUCUUAGCACAAACCAUCAUUGCUACUCUACAAGCUCAAGACACAAGAAGAAAACCUGGGGAUAUCAUUGAACAUGCUAAAAAGUGUGGAGCAUUUGAUUUUCAUGGCUCCAUUGAUUCCAAAGAAGCAGAUAGAUGGCUUAGAGCUACAGAUAAGUCUUUUAAUACUUUAGAGUUGACAGAUGUGCAGAAGGUCAGUAAUGUUUAUGGCUUGCUACAUGAUACAGCAGAUGCAUGGUUUGCUAGGAUCAGAUUGCUAUUAGGAGAUCAGUUGACCUGGGAGAUAUUCAAGACUGAGUUUCGCAGGGAGUAUUUAACUAACGCAUACAAUGCAGAAAGGCAGAAUGAGUUUAUUGCUCUAAAGCAGGGUUCAAUGACAGUGCGGGAAUACAUCGAUAAAUUUGAAGAACUUUACAAGUUUGCAUCAGAAAUCUUUCCUACAGAAGCUCAAAAAUGUUACAGAUUCAAAGAGGGGCUGCAAACUGUUUUGAAGAAUGAACUAUCAUUGUAUGAGGGAACACAGUUUAGAGGCUGGGUAGAGAAGGCGAUAGAAAAAGAAAAGCUGAGAGAAGAGCUUGAACAAGAGAGUAAACAAAAAGCUUCUGUUUGGACUGGAAAACAAGGGGGAUUUAAUAAGGGAACUAGCUCAUUUCAACAAAGAAAAUCAGACAUUGGAGGAUCUAGAGGUAACAGAAUACCCUGGUCUUGGUCUGGUUCACAGAGACCUCAGUCACAUGAUAGCAAUUUCUCAGCGAGACAACCAGCAUCUAGUGUUGGCAGAGUGGCUAGCAAGAAGAGAUCUAUAACUUGCUUUGAAUGUGGUGGCAUGGGACAUAUUAGGAGGGAUUGUCCUAGUAUGGCACAGUUUAGCUCAGGUCGUGGCAGAGGUUUUCAAGGUACUGCAAAUAGAGGUGGUCGAACGUCAGGCUUUGAUAGAGGUUCAGGUCGAGGUUCUGGCUUUAAUGCGAAUAAGGAAGGCGGAGCCUCAACUUCAGCACAACCUAUGCAAGGUACCCAAACUAAUAAACCUGCUGUACAACCUAGAGUAUUUGCUUUGACUCAACAAGAGGCAGCGGCUUCUCCAGAUGUUAUUUCUGGUGCUCGUUUUGGCAACGACGGUGCAAGUAGAAAGUAAGGCAGCUUUUGACGAUAUUUUGGACUAGUUUGGUUGUUGUGUGUUAGCAAGACAAUCUACAAUACAGUUGACUAGAGAGGGAGUUGGGCUUAGAGUUUGGGCUUGAGACAUAGAGGUUGGCCACAUCUCCGAGUUUAGAGAUGCCUUGAUGUUUUUGUUUGAGAAUAAACUUAUUUGUACCUAAAUAUAUAUUUUUAAUUAUAUGUAUAAAAGUUUGUAACAAUACUUAGUUUUCAUGCAGUGGUUUAAUUAAAAUGCUGUAUAAAAGGUUUUUAUGUA